AUGGCACUGAAGCUCUUGGUCGGUCAAAAGAUCAUGAACGACGUGGUCCGCCCGGCGCACAAGAAGGGCGAGUGGAAGGUGCUGAUCGUCGACCAGCUGGGCAUGCGGAUGAUCUCCUCCUGCACGAAGAUGCACGAGAUCGCCACCGAAGGCAUCACCAUCGUCGAGGACAUCGGCAAGAAGCGCGAACCGCUGCCGCACAUGGAGGCCAUCUAUCUCAUCUCGCCCACCGAUCAGUCUCUACGCCUUCUGCAGCAGGACUUUCUGAGUUCUCGCAUUGCCCUGUACAAGGGGGCGCACGUCUACUUCACCGAGACCUGCCCUGAUGAGCUCUUCAGCGAGCUGUCGAAGAGCCCCUGCGCCAAGUACAUCAAGACGCUGAAGGAGAUCAACAUCGCCUUUCUGCCCUACGAGUCGCAGGUGUACUCGCUGGACUCGGCGGAGGCCUUCAGCAUCUUCUUCAGCCCCAACAAGACGGCCAUCCGCUCGGCGGCGAUGGAGCGCUUCGCCGAGCAGCUGGCCACGCUGUGCGCCACGCUGGGCGAGUACCCGAGCAUUCGCUUCCGCUCCGAUUAUGAACGUAACGCGGAGUUUGCCCAGCUGCUUCAGCAGAAGCUGGACGCGUACAAGGCCGACGAGCCGACCAUGGGCGAGGGCCCCGAGAAAGCACGCUCUCAGCUGCUGAUCGUCGACCGCGGCUUCGACUGCGUCAGCCCCCUCCUCCACGAGCUGACCUUCCAGGCGAUGUCCUACGACCUGCUGGCCAUCGAGAAUGACGUCUACAAGUUCGAGGCGCAGUCGGCGAACAAUGAGAUGCGCGAGAAGGAGGUGCUACUCGAUGAGAACGACGACAUCUGGGCGGAGCUGCGCCACCAGCACAUCGCCAUCGUCUCGCAGAACGUCACCAAGCAGAUGAAGAAGUUCGUGGACAGCAAGCGGAUGAACACCAAUACCACCACCACGGUGAAGGACCUGGGGCAGAUGAUCAAGAAGAUGCCGCAGUACCAGAAGGAGCUCAGCAAGUACAGCACCCACCUGCACCUGGCGGAGGCCUGCAUGAAGCACUACCAGGGCUACGUCGACAAGCUCUGUCGCGUGGAGCAGGACCUGGCGAUGGGCACCGACGCGGACGGCGAGAAGAUCAAAGACCCGAUGCGCAACAUCGUCCCUAUCCUCCUCGACCAGAACAUUCAGAUCUUCGACAAGAUUCGCAUCAUCCUCCUCUACAUUCUCUCGAAGAACGGCAUCACCGAGGAGAAUCUGACCAAGUUGAUUCAGCACGCGCAGAUCCCGGUCGCUGACAAGGCGAUCAUCACCAACAUGAGCUACCUGGGGGUGAACAUCAUCUCCGACGGUGGCCGCCGCAAGGUCUACCAGGUGCCGCGGAAGGAGCGCGUCAACGAGCAGACCUACCAGAUGUCCCGAUGGACGCCCAUUCUCAAGGACGUCAUGGAGGACGCCAUCGAGGACAAGCUGGACACGAAGCACUUUCAGUUUCUGUCGGGGCGAAGUGCGCCGGCCAAUUACGGACGCCAGGCGCCGGCCAGCAUGCGCUACGGCCACUGGCACAAGGACAAGAACAGCCUGAACAUCAAGAACGUCCCCCGACUGAUCGUCUUCGUCAUCGGCGGCCUGACCUACAGCGAGAUGAGGGCCGCCUACGAGGUGACCAACAACUCCAAGAACUGGGAGGUCAUCAUCGGCGCUGACAAAAUCAUCACUCCAUCGCACUUCCUCGAAGAACUGCGCAAUCUGAGCAACUGA